UGUACCAUUCUGGGCCCCAGCUUCCACCAAAUAUCGGGAUCCCAGCCCUGGAAACCAACCCCCAAAUUGCUCUCCCUCCUCUAGGAAAAAGAUAAUUUAUCUCCCAUUUUGACUCUGUGGUCCCACCCCUUCUCUUCUCUUGUCUAGACUUCCAAGUGCUGGCCUUCAUCUCCCCGCAAGAUGCGCCCCCCUCCAACUCUCAGCCUUCAUCUUCCUACUGUCACUGUCUCCUUCACAAGGAGAGCAGCAAGAGAAAGAAAGAGAGAGGCAAGCGAAAUUCCUGAAUGGAUAGACAGAUGCUACGUCAUCGGAGCUGCAUCCUCCACUCCACAAGAGGCUAGGAGCUGGGGGGAGAGAGGCAGUCCAGCCGCAGGGGCCACCCGAACAGUCUCUCCUCCUCACAGAAGCCUGGAGCUGGGCAUCCAAGAAGAAGCAGCCUCAUUUGUUUUCUGGUGUCAUCAUAGGUGGCCACCUAUGGCUUUUGGCUUCUCACCUGGGGCGGGUGGGUUCUGCACCACCCUCCCACCCUCCUUCCUCCGUGUGGACGAUAGAGCCACAUCCAGCACCACGGACAGCUCCCGGGCGCACUGGAAGCUGAGGGUUCUGACAGCGGCAGGCCACAUAGGCAAGGAAGCUGGUGCAUGCAGUGUCUCUGGGCAAGGUUAUGCAACCUUCAUCUCCUUGUCCUCCAGGCAGCACAAGCCAUUGUGGAAUCUCCACCGGGUGUACAGAACGGUGCCUCUGCGUCCUGCCACUCAGGACCUCUCAAGUCCCCGAUGUGAUGAUGAUCAGGAGUGA